AAGAACACCCACCACAUUUCCCCCUGCAACUCCCUCUCUCUCCCUCUCUCUCCCUCUCUCUUUCUCUCAGAAACCAGAGAAGAACAAGACAAAAUCUCUCUUUCUCUCUCAACUUCUUCAUCUCUCUAAGAAGAAAAGAAAAGACAAAACAAAUGGAAGAGUUGGGUUCCAUUUGGUUUUACCAAGAGAGUAUGGAUGAAUUAAGACAAAAGCUCCAAUAUAGUUCCUUUGAAAAUGAAGCUCUCAAAGCAAAAGUUAAUGAAGUAACAAAACUUCACCAAGAAGAAGUGAAGAGCCUUCUUCAUCUACUCAAACUUACUUGUCAAGAAAGAGACGAAGCUAAAGAUCAGAUACAAAAACUUCUCGUAUUCAAAACAAAGUCGAGUAUCACCGAGUCAAACUCACACGGUUCUUCACCGGUAGACUCAUUCUUCGAACCGGUCUCGUCCCCUGAAUUCUCCAAUUUCAACAUGGCGGUAGCUAAACCGGUUAACCAAAUCAAAUUCAAGAACCGACAACAACAACAACAACAACAACCCGUGAACCGGAUCUUGAAGAAGGUUGAUCCAGUGGAAGCUCUUAUGGAUGAGAUUGUUAAAGGCAAAUCUUUACCGGAGAAAGGGAAGCUUCUUCAAACAGUGAUGGAGUCUGGACCGUUGCUUCAAACACUUCUUGUCGCCGGUCCACUUCCACGGUGGCGUAAUCCUCCGCCGCUUCAACAGAGCUUUAAAGUCCCUCCGAUCUCGAACUCUUACGGUUGUUUGCCGAUGACGACGACGUCAAUGCUGAAUUUUAGAGGCUGCUCUGUUCCUGGAAUCGCUACCGGUAUUGAAGUUGCCAACAAACGACAAAGAUUUCAUUAGUGUUUUUGUUGUUACAAUUAUUUUUCUUUUAUUGUUCUGCUUUUUUUUUUUUUGGUUUGGUUAUCUAUCUAGUUAGUUGUUUGGGAGUUGGGACUCACUAUAUUAUUGUAAAGAUUUAAAAAUGUAUUUUGGGGGGUUUUUUUAAAAAUGAGUUUGUGUGUAAAUUGGAGUAUAAAACGAUUUGGGAUUUAUCGGA